GGGACGCGCGCGCUCCCUCGCUGGCGGAGCGGCUGGGCGGCGGGCCGGGCCCGGGGCCGCUUGGAAUGGCGCCUCCUCCGCCUUCGCCCCUACUGCUUCUCCUGGCAGCCCUGGCGAGGCUCCUGGGUCCCAGCGAGGUGAUGGCUGGACCGGCGGAGGAGGCGGGAGCCCAUUGUCCCGAGAGCCUGUGGCCUCUGCCCCCGCAGGUGUCACCAAGAGUGACCUACACACGAGUGAGCCCAGGGCAGGCAGAGGCAGGGUUCUAGUUCUCCGCCCCACCUCCAAGCCCAGGACAGAUCAGCCCCAGGACAGAUGGCUCAAAGACAGUGAGCCAUAGGCCUGUCAUCUGCAAUGCUGUGUCAGGAUGCUGUUGGGUAGCUGGCUCUGCGGACAAGUGGCUGCUGAGGAUGUCACCUUCCUCUACCACCCCUGUGCCCAUCCCUGGCUGAAGCUCCAGCUUGCCCUCCUGGCCUAUGCUUGUAUGGCUAACCCUUCCCUCACCCCUGACUUCAGCCUCACGCAGGAUCGGCCCCUGGUGCUGACUGCAUGGGGGCUGGCGCUGGAGAUGGCCUGGGUAGAGCCAGCCUGGGCUGCCCACUGGCUGAUGAGGCGGAGGAGGAAGCAGAGGAAGAAGAAGGCAUGGAUCUACUGUGAAAGCCUUUCAGGGCCUGCUCCCUCCGAGCCAACCCCCGGUAGAGGGAGGCUGUGCCGAAGAGGGUGUGUGCAGGCCCUGGCUCUGGCCUUCGCUCUGCGGAGCUGGCGGCCCCCUGGCACAGAGGUGACAUCUCAAGGGCCCAGGCAGCCCUCUCCCAGUGGUGCCAAGAGGCGGAGGCUGCGGGCUGCCCUUGGUCCCCAGCCCACUCGCUCAGCCCUGAGGUUUCCCUCUGCUUCCCCAGGGAGCUUGAAGGCCAAGCAGCCCAUGGUGGGAAUCCCUGGUAGGGAGAGUAAUGCCCCAUCUGUGCCCACUGUCUCCCUGCUGCCGGGGGCGCCUGGAGGCAAUGCCAGCUCCAGGACAGAGGCUCAGGUGCCCAACGGGCAAGGCAGCCCAGGGGGCUGUGUCUGUUCAAGUCAGGCUUCCCCGGCCCCUCGCGCAGCAGCGCCUCCACGGGCAGCCCGGGGCCCCACCCCACGCACUGAAGAGGCCGCCUGGGCUGCCAUGGCCCUGACCUUCCUGCUGGUGCUGCUCACCCUGGCCACGCUCUGCACACGGCUGCACAGAAACUUCCGACGCGGGGAGAGCAUCUACUGGGGGCCCACAGCGGACAGCCAGGACACAGUGGCUGCUGUGCUGAAGCGGAGGCUGCUGCAGCCCUCGCGCCGGGUCAAGCGCUCGCGCCGGAGACCCCUCCUCCCGCCCACGCCGGACAGCGGCCCGGAAGGCGAGAGCUCGGAGUGACGGCCUGGGACCUGCCACUGUGGCGUGCGGCUCCUCCCCGCGCCGCGAGGCCGCGACCUCUGCCACGUGGACCGCGCGCGGGGCGCCCCCUGGUGGCGAUGGCGCGGCACUGGCCGAGCACUGCGGGGACUUUCCUCCUUGUUGGUUGAUGAGUGGGCGGCCAAGGGGAGAAAAGGAGCCGCUUCUGCCUCCCUUGCCAAAACUCCGUUUCUAAUUAAAUUAUUUUUAGUAGA